GACCAAACGUUUUACUGCUGGGCUGGCUUGACUUGGGUCUUUUCAACUUCAAGUUGGAGGAGGCUGCUCUGCGCGCAGUGGGCCGUCCGGCGAGCAACACGACUCCGCUCAGGCUUAAUAACAUAGCGACACUCGCAGUGCCAAUUGGAAAACAAGAAAAAUAAUAAUCACAAAGGAUUCUGCUUUAUAGUCGAUACUUUACAUUGCGUCAUUUGUAAUAAUUCUUCCUCUCGUUGGUGCGGUGCAGCUCGCUAGCAUUUGCGAGGACGUUGGAUGCCAUUAGCGUCUGACGUUCACACGCAAAGAAGACGACGACGAGGCUUCUCGUUCUUGUCCUGGUCACGACUGACAAGCCACCGUCGACCAUGUCAGAGCCGACCGCCGAGGUGAAGCAAGAGGUGAAGCAGGCGAGCAAAGAGGUGAAAGAAAGCGAAAACGUCGCCGAGAAAUAUUCUGUCAUGACAGUGAGCAAGAACACCGAAAUGAACAUGGAAGAGCUGUCGUCCGCCUUCAGCGCCGUGCCCACUCACAAGCCGGUUAAAAAGCAAAUCCAGUUUGUGGAGGACAAGCAGGAGUUCAGCCGGUUCCCCACCAAGGCAGGCCGUCGUUCCCUGUCCCGCUCCAUUUCUCAGUCGUCCACGGAUAGCUACAGCUCAGCUGCGUCCUACACGGACAGCUCAGAUGACGAAACUUCACCACGGGACAAAACACAAGUCAACUCCAAGGGCAGCAGUGACUUCUGUGUCAAGAACAUCAAACAAGCAGAGUUUGGGAGACGUGAGAUUGAGAUUGCAGAACAAGACAUGUCGGCACUGAUUGCUCUCAGGAAGAGAGCACAGAGUGAGAAACCAUUGGCAGGUGCCAAAAUUGUAGGCUGUACACAUAUCACUGCCCAGACUGCAGUGCUGAUUGAGACUCUGGCGGCUCUCGGGGCCCAAUGCCGCUGGACUGCCUGUAACAUAUACUCGACACAAAAUGAAGUCGCUGCUGCUCUGUCAGAGAUUGGUGUGGCUGUGUUUGCCUGGAAGGGGGAGUCUGAGGAUGAUUUCUGGUGGUGUAUUGACCGCUGUGUCAACACUGAGGGAUGGCAGCCUAACAUGAUCCUGGAUGAUGGAGGUGACCUGACACACUGGAUGUACAAGAAAUACCCAAAUGUAUUCAAGAAGAUCCGAGGCAUAGUAGAGGAGAGUGUCACUGGGGUUCACAGGCUAUACCAACUCUCCAAAGCGGGAAAACUGUGUGUGCCAGCAAUGAACGUAAAUGAUUCUGUGACUAAGCAGAAGUUUGACAACCUUUACUGCUGCAGAGAGUCCAUCUUGGACGGCUUGAAGAGAACCACAGAUGUCAUGUUUGGAGGCAAACAGGUGGUUGUAUGUGGCUACGGUGAGGUUGGAAAAGGUUGUUGUGCUGCACUGAAAGCUCUUGGGGCUAUUGUCUACAUUACAGAGAUCGACCCUAUUUGUGCCCUGCAAGCUUGCAUGGAUGGCUUUAGAGUGGUCAAGCUGAAUGAGGUCAUUCGCCACGUUGAUAUCACCAUCACAUGCACUGGAAACAAGAAUGUGGUGACCAGAGACCAGCUGGACCGCAUGAAAAAUGGCUCCAUUGUGUGCAACAUGGGGCACUCCAACACAGAGAUUGAUGUGGCAAGCCUUCGCACCCCUGAGCUGACAUGGGAGAGGGUGCGCUCUCAGGUCGAUCACGUCAUUUGGCCUGAUGGCAAGAGAGUCAUUCUGCUGGCUGAAGGUCGCCUGCUCAAUCUCAGCUGCUCUACUGUUCCUACUUUUGUUCUGUCCAUCACUGCUACCACUCAGGCCCUGGCCCUAAUAGAGUUGUACAACGCUCCAGAGGGACGAUACAAGCAAGAUGUUUACUUGCUUCCUAAAAAAAUGGAUGAAUACGUGGCCAGCCUACAUUUGGCAACCUUUGAUGCCCACCUGACGGAGCUCAGCGAUGAGCAGGCAAAAUAUUUGGGCCUGAAUAAGAAUGGACCUUUCAAACCUAACUACUACAGGUAUUAGCCCAGAAUAAGCUACACCUCAGCACACCCACGUGUUGAGGAAGGAAGACAUGUUGGUAAUCCACCCAAGAAGAAAUUUGACUGUAUGUUCAUAUUUGUCUCAUCGACUUUAUUUCACAGAAAUGCUUGUGAUAGUCCACAUUAAUAGGCAAUUGUGUUGUAAGAUUAUCAGUAUCAGUCACAUACUAUAAUAUUUUGUACCAAUAUUAAUUAUUUAAGAAUGUUGUGCCAAAUAACUGUAAGGGAAAGGUUACAGAUUUAGAAAAGUAACUGUUCAGUUUACGUGAUGCAAAGAAAUAAUGAUAUAAUUCUCUGGGAUCUGAAGUAUCAUAAACUUGAACAAGGAAAUCUCUGAAAACUUUUAAACUGACUGAUACCUUUAAUUGGUCAUCAACCUCAUGUAUGAGACAGAUGGUGACUGUCAAUGGCAAGUCUAACCUUGCCUAAUUUUAACAAUAAAGAGCCAUACAUAUAUGGACCAAACCACAGUUUUGGUUAGUAAAUAUUAUUAAACUUCUUUGAUCUGGUGAGCAACUUAAUUGUUGCAAUGCGUAUGCUGGAUCUACUUAUUCUCUUGUAGCACUUAUGCUUAUAAAUGAGCCAUAACAUCUAAGAUGUUGUAAGAAAUGCAUUGGCAUUUGAUACCGUCCCGCAGGUUAAAAACACAAAUUAGGUUACUUAGGUGGCCCCCUGACUGAAGAGUGAAUACAUUCCAAUGAUAAGCUAGAGAGGGAAUAAACUUGCCCCUCCAGUGUCAAAUCUCUGUGAACAGUACCACUCCCCACAUGCAUGUGAACUAAACCUAGUACUUUGUGAUUGUAGAAGAACCUUGAUUUGUUUCAGAAGAAGAAUGAUACGGUGAUGCAUGCGCCACAGGACAUUCAAAUAUCAACAAUGUCUAUAGCCGGGGUCACCAGCGUUUGUGAACCAGAGAGCUACUCUUAGGAUACUGAUUCAAGUAUUCAAGUAUCGGCUUCUAAAAUACUGUAACACAUUUGCUCAAAUUACCUUUAUUAUAUGUUAUCGUGGCGGCACGGUGGCCGACUGGUUAGAGCGUCAGCCUCACAGUUCUGAGGACCCGGGUUCAAUCCCCGGCCCCGCCUGUGUGGAGUUUGCAUGUUCUCCCCGUGGGUUUUCUCCGGGCACUCCGGUUUCCUCCCACAUCCCAAAAACAUGCAUUAAUUGGAGACUCUAAAUUGCCCGUAGGCAUGAGUGCGAAUGGUUGUUUGUUUGUAUGUGCCCUGCGAUUGGCUGGCAACCAGUUCAGGGUGUACCCCGCCUCCUGCCCGAUGACAGCUGGGAUAGGCUCCAGCAUGCCCACGACCCUAGUGAGGAGAAGGGGCUCAGAAAAUGGAUGGAUGGAUAUGUUAUUGUUAAUAAUUGAUGAUUUUGAGCUAUGUGAAGACACUGAUCAUGUUAAUUCUUACAAUAAUGAUCAAAAAUUAUUUAACAAUGUAGGAAAAAGAUAAGGCGCCACGGUGACGGACUGGUUAGCACAUCUGCCUCACAGUUCUGAGGACCAGGGUUCAAAUCCCGGCCCCGCCUGUGUGGAAUUUGUGUGUUCGCCCUGUGCCUGCGUGGGUUUUCUCUGGGUACUCCGGUUUCCUCCCAAAUCCCAAAAACAUGCAGGGAAGGUUGAUUGAAGACUCUAAAUUGCCCGUAGGUGUGAAUGUGAGUGUGAAUGGUUGUUUGUUUAUAUGUGCCCUGCGAUUGGGUGGCGACCAGUUCAGGGUGUACCCCGCCUCUCGCCCGAAGAUAGCUGGGAUAGGCUCCAGCACGCCCGGGACCCUAGUGAGGAUAAGCGGUACAGAAAAUGGAUGGAUGGAUGGAAAAAGAUACAUUUGUAUGCAACACUCUCCAAUCUCUCAAUCUCCCAAAGUUUUUACAUUUUCAAAUGUUCACUUCUACAACAUUCCUACGAAAUCACAAUGUCCCAUCACCUGUGAACAAUUUUAGAACAGGCCCACAGGCAACUCAUGUGGUGCCAGAGGGCACUAUGUUGGUGUCCCCUGGUCUAUAGCAUUUGAUGUCAUUCUUUGGGGGUUAUCAAAUAGAGGAGAUUAAGUAGUCCACUGUGAAUCCAUACUGUUGCAAGUGAUGUAUAUUCUAGUCUGUCUAUAACAUGUGUGUGUUACAUGCUGCAUGCGCUGCAAAUUCUAGAAGUGUUUGUACUGUAUACACAGCCACCGCAAGCUCCUCUCCGUGGCAUUUAUCAAAACAACACACAUACUGUACACAUACACGAAAUAUGUGUUGUUUGAUUUGCCUAUAGAUUGACAUAAAAUGCAUCCCUCUUUUUCCUCACAAUAUAUUCAACAAAGACAUCUCUAACAGUGACAAGCUUUGUCAUCUUAUUCGAGACUGUAUAGUUAGUUGUACACUGUGUUCUCGUGCUUUUGAACUGCUCUUAUUUUUCAUUUCAACAUGCUACUGUUUGUGAGGUUUGGUAUUGCACUUACUGUACAACUUAUUUCCCUACUUGUUCUUUUGUUUUAAAUUUAAGGACCCUGUUAAAUGAUUUAGUUAAAUGAAGGAAUCUUGCGUUAUUUCAGUCAAAUCCUUAACAUGUAUUCCGACGCGUAUUUGACCUUUGCUAUAUGGGCCACCUCAUUACUGUCCCAAAUGUUAAGAUCUGCUCAUUUGACAUUCAAUUUCAGCACCUUUUAAGAUAACCUUAACAUAUUCUUGCAUUGAAGUUAUGAGGAAAUUGAAGUUUUUCUUUGAAUCUACAAGAUUUUAAUGAAAAGUAGCCUAGCCUGAGCUACUUUGUACUUGCAAUUUAAAGAGCAUAUGAACCAAAGGUAGCUUAUCUAUGAGGACAUCAUUGUCAGGAAGCUAGUUGCUGUAACCAUGGUUACUGCCCAGCUGACAGUGGCUUGUGUCUCACUUAGUACAGUUUGUAUCCGCAGUACAUGUGUGUGUUUUCGCUGAUGCUCAACAUGGUUGUUCUGCAAUGCAGCUAUGCAGUUUUCUUCUGUAAAAAAUGAUUUAAUCCUGCAGCUGUGGAGAGAUGAUACUCAUGUAUUCAUUACAGUCAUUUUAAAUGAGUACACCGUAUUUUGUUCUCUGUCGUACAGCCCUUGUAAUUUAUCUCUUUAAUUCUAGUGUUUUAAUUUUCUAGUGUGUAAUCAACAAUCAGGACUUAUGCUGAUCUUUUCCUUAGCACUUAUGCCUUCUAUAAUAGAUUUAUAUUGCUUUGAUAACUAAUAACUAUAUUUUGACUCGUGGUAUGUCAAAUAACAGGACAUAUGAAUGUUUUUCCGCUGAUGGUUGUCAACUGGAUAAUAUAUGCACACUGUUAUUUUCACAGUUGUACUCUUGUUGGUUUGUAGUCUUUGAUGUAGAGAUGCAGUUUUGGGUAUGAUUUAUUAACUUUAAAGUAGGAUAUGAGGACAGUAACUAGUUUUAAAACCCAAUCACAACAGUACACUGUAUGCUGUGGAAAACCCAUGUGCACAGUUCCCUUUAAUAAACUGCUGGUAACAUAAA